GACUUUAGAGGAGGCGGAGUCUCGUCCUUCGCCGGCUGGAAAAGCAGGGUGAUCGGCUAGUGGUGACAGCAGAAGUCGAGCCUUAGCCCUUUUGGGGCAGUGGGCUUUAAGUAAGAACUACCGGGUUUUUGAAUCCUUUAGAUUUGUUGCUUCUGUAGCCUUGACCGUGAUCGUCGGUGGGGGAGGGGCGAAAAGCGGCCUUCUGCGAUUCCUGCCUGACCAAAGUGACCUCAAAAAGGAGGGAAGAUGGCUUCUGAAUCUGAAACCUUGAAUCCCAGUGCUCGGAUAAUGACCUUCUACCCGACUAUGGAGGAGUUCCGAAACUUCAGUCGUUACAUUGCUUAUAUUGAAUCCCAAGGAGCUCAUCGGGCUGGGCUGGCUAAGGUUGUUCCUCCAAAGGAGUGGAAGCCACGAGCCUCCUAUGAUGAUAUCGAUGACCUGGUUAUUCCUGCCCCCAUCCAGCAGCUGGUGACGGGGCAGUCUGGCCUCUUUACUCAGUACAACAUACAGAAGAAGGCCAUGACUGUGCGAGAGUUCCGCAAGAUAGCCAACAGUGAUAAGUACUGUACCCCACGCUAUAGUGAAUUUGAAGAGCUUGAACGGAAAUACUGGAAAAAUCUCACGUUCAAUCCCCCAAUCUAUGGUGCAGAUGUGAAUGGCACUCUCUAUGAAAAGCAUGUAGAUGAGUGGAAUAUUGGCCGGCUGAGAACCAUCCUGGACUUGGUGGAAAAGGAGAGUGGGAUCACCAUCGAGGGUGUGAACACCCCGUACCUGUACUUCGGCAUGUGGAAGACAUCCUUUGCCUGGCACACCGAAGACAUGGACUUGUACAGCAUCAAUUACCUGCACUUCGGAGAGCCCAAGUCCUGGUACUCCGUCCCGCCCGAGCAUGGAAAGCGGCUGGAGCGCCUGGCCAAAGGCUUUUUCCCAGGCAGUGCUCAAAGCUGUGAGGCUUUUCUCCGCCAUAAGAUGACCUUGAUUUCUCCUUUAAUGCUGAAGAAAUACGGAAUUCCCUUUGACAAGGUGACUCAGGAAGCCGGAGAAUUUAUGAUCACUUUCCCUUACGGCUACCAUGCUGGCUUUAACCAUGGCUUCAACUGUGCCGAGUCCACCAACUUUGCUACCCGGCGGUGGAUCGAGUAUGGCAAACAAGCUGUGCUGUGCUCCUGCAGGAAGGACAUGGUGAAGAUCUCCAUGGACGUGUUUGUGAGGAAGUUCCAGCCAGAAAGAUACAAGCUCUGGAAAGCUGGGAAGGACAGCACCGUCAUCGACCACACUCUGCCCACGCCAGAAGCGGCCGAGUUUCUUAAGGAGAGUGAACUGGCCCUGAGAGCCCGGAAGGAGGAGGAUUGCCCAGAGGAGGAGGAGAUGGAGGGGGUGGAGGAUGGAGAGGAGGGCGACCUGAAGAGGAGCCUGGCUAAGCACCGGAUCGGGACAAAGAGGCACCGCGUUUGUCUUGAAAUCCCGCAGGAGGUGAGUCAGAGCGAGCUCUUCCCCAAGGAGGAGCUGGGCUCCGGACAGUACGACAUGGUGGAGUGCCAGGCCACCCUCUCUCCCGUGAGGCCCACCCACAGCUCCGUGUGCCAAGUCGAGGACAGCCUCACCUUCCCAGAUUAUUCUGACUCCACUGAAGUUAAAUUUGAAGAGCUUAAAAACGUCAAGCUGGAAGAGGACGACGAGGACGAGGAAGAGGAGCACGAAGCGGCUGUCUUGGACCUUUCUGUGAACCCAGCUUCUCUUGGGGGACGCUUCGUCUUCUCAGGCUCCAAAAAGAAAUUGUCUUCCAGCCUGGGCUCCGGUUCUUCACAGGAUUCUGUUUCUUCCGAUUCUGAAACCAGCGAGCCUCUGUCCUGCCGAGCCCAAGGGCAGACCGGAGUCCUCACUGUUCACAGCUAUGCCAAAGGGGAUGGCAGGGUCCCUUCAGGAGAGCCGUGCGCCAGGAAGAAAGGGGGCGGCCCCCGGAGCAUCAGUGAGAGGGAAUUGGCUGAGCCGAAUAACAGUCUUGUGACAGUUUCAGCUGGACAGCAGAGCGACUCAGCCAUACAUACAUAUGGAGUAAUACAGCAAACCACAAAUACUCAUCACCAUCACCGAGAUCUAACGGUUGCGGAUGAAUAUAUGUUUUCCCUGGAAGAGAGUAAGAAGUCCAAGGGCCGCCGUCAGCCCUUAAGCAAGCUCCCCCGCCACCACCCGCUCGUGUUGCAGGACUGCGUCAGCGAUGAUGAGCUACCAGAACAGCUGACCCCCGAGGAGGAGGCUGAGGAGACAGAGGCCUGGGCCAAGCCCCUGAGCCAGCUCUGGCAGAACCGACCUCCAAAUUUUGAGGCUGAGAAAGAGUUCAACGAGGCCAUGGCCCAGCAGGCCCCUCAUUGCGCUGUCUGCAUGAUCUUUCAGACUUACCAUCAGGUGGAGUUUGGAGGUUUUGGUCAGAGCUGUGGCAGCGCUCCAGAUUUGGCCCCCCAGACGCAGAGGACCAAGCCAUUGAUUCCAGAAAUGUGCUUCACCUCGACUGGCUGCAGCACGGACAUCAACCUGUCCACCCCUUACCUGGAGGAGGAUGGCACCAGCCUCCUGGUGUCCUGCAAGAAGUGCAGUGUCCGGGUCCAUGCCAGUUGCUACGGGGUACCCCCUGCAAAGGCUUCUGAAGACUGGAUGUGUUCUCGGUGUUCAGCCAAUGCCCUGGAAGAGGACUGCUGUUUGUGCUCAUUACGAGGAGGAGCCCUGCAGAGAGCCAACGACGACAGAUGGGUCCAUGUCUCAUGUGCAGUGGCGAUUCUGGAAGCAAGAUUUGUCAACAUUGCAGAAAGAAGUCCAGUGGAUGUGAGCAAAAUUCCCCUGCCCCGCUUCAAACUGAAAUGUGUCUUCUGUAAGAAACGGAGGAAAAGAACUGCCGGCUGCUGUGUGCAGUGUUCUCACGGCCGUUGCCCAACUGCCUUCCACGUGAGCUGCGCUCAGGCUGCAGGCGUGAUGAUGCAGCCAGACGAUUGGCCUUUCGUUGUCUUCAUCACCUGCUUCCGGCACAAGAUCCCUAAUUUGGAGCGUGCCAAGGGGGCCUUGCAGAGCAUCACCGCAGGCCAGAAGGUCAUUAGCAAGCAUAAGAACGGGCGUUUCUACCAGUGUGAGGUGGUAAGGCUCACCACUGAGACCUUCUACGAAGUCAACUUUGAUGACGGCUCCUUCAGCGACAAUCUCUAUCCUGAGGACAUAGUGAGUCAGGACUGUCUCCAGCUGGGUCCUCCUGCUGAAGGGGAAGUAGUCCAGGUGAGAUGGACAGACGGCCAAGUCUAUGGAGCCAAGUUUGUGGCCUCCCACCCCAUCCAGAUGUACCAGGUGGAGUUUGAGGAUGGCUCACAGCUUGUGGUUAAGAGAGAUGACGUGUACACGCUGGAUGAAGAGCUUCCCAAGAGAGUCAAGUCUAGACUGUCAGUAGCCUCAGACAUGCGCUUCAAUGAGAUUUUCACGGAGAAAGAGGUUAAGCAGGAGAAGAAACGGCAACGAGUUAUCAACUCAAGGUACCGGGAAGAUUACAUCGAGCCUGCACUAUACCGGGCCAUCAUGGAGUAGGGGUGCUUCCAGCAGCUGAGAGAGUCCCAGUCAACAAGGCGAAAGCACUCUGGGGUUCCACAGCACAGCAGACACUUGGAACUCUGAAGUCUCUAAAGUGAAUUGUAAAAUGAAAAGGAAUGAACUAACCGACCCCAUCAUCUUCUCACCCUGCCCUCAUUGCAUUCCGCUGUGGUGCAAGGACGAGCCCUUCUUGGACAUGUGGCAAGACGCUGAGCUCCCAGCUGAUGGGCUAAGCACUGGAAUGCUAUGGCUGCACUGGCCCCAGUCUGCAAUGGGUCGACUGUGCUGGCUGGGCUGGUUACCCUGUUCCUGGCCUCGGACUUAGCUUCCUAACGAUCACCUGCACCAACUAGGCAGAGGUGCUGGUGCUUGCCCCCCUAACCCCUUUUGUAUUUAUGUGUGUGGGUGUGGGUGUGUGUGUGUGGGGUGUGUGUGUGUGUGUGUGUCGGUAUGUAUGUUUGGUCUGGACCAGCUUCUGCCAGCCCCUGGCCUUUACUUUCUUCCUUGCCUAUCCAGGGCAACAAAAAUGUGAAAUUCUGCCCUCAGCUGAGCUGAGUAAGGGCCUCUGGGGGUUGGCUGGAGAUGGCUGUGGCAUCAGUCUGUCCCUGGAACUGCCUCAAGGGAGUGGUGGCAAAGCUGCAGUGAUGAGAUGGAGAUGCUGAGGAGAUAAGCCAGCUGUUUGCCCGCUCUUGAAGAAGAAGAUAGGAUAAUAUGGGGGUGUGUGCCCAUUAUCACUUGAGGCACAGAGCACCUGUGGACAGUAUUAGAGGGUGUGGGUGGGGAAUAAUCUGAAGGGAGAUCUAAUGAUGGAAGCAGGCAGAGCCUGGCGAGUGAUUCUGUCAACAGAAAAUUGCAAUCAUGCAGGGCUUGGGAGGGUUAAGAUGAACUGGGGCCACUGGAGGCCAGGGGGAGGUUUAGAUAUGCCCCUUGGUCUAGGAGUGGGAGGGAGCUGAUUUUGGGGGUGGGGGUGGGACUGGAGGGCAACACUGAAGGGGUUAAACAGGUUUUUGCUCCUCAUGAAUUUGUUUGCCUGGGCCCAGGAUUGGAGGGCUUCACACUUAUACCCUGUGUAUACAAGAAUCAGAUUUAUAAUACUCCCCGUUUUUUUGUUACGUAUGAACGCUAUAAACCAAAUUAUUUUGAAAACUGGUGCAUCACCUUGUCCUUAGCAAUAAAAUGUGUUGAGCAGA